CCACGUGUAAAUGAAAGAAUGACUUAAAAGUCGACGUAUUUAAAAGGCAAAGCAAAGCAAAGCAAAGCACCUUCGCUCUCCAUUUCUUCUUCUUCUCUCCCAACGCAACACGCCUAAGAAAUCCCAAAUUAACCCAACACACAGAGGGACCAAACCUAAUCGCCCUGCACUCUCUCUCCCUCUCAUACUUCAUAGAUCCAAUCCCUUCUUUUCUCCAAACCCUAAAUUCCCUUUCUCUUCCCUCUGAUAAUUUCUGCCAUUAAUUUGAGGUAUUUUUGGGGGAUAAUAUUUGUUCUAUUGAAGAUUGAAUAAGCGUAAAGAAUCAAUCAACCAUGUUGAAUCGCCUUUUUGGAAAGCCUAAACAGGAAACCAAUGCUCUAACCACGUUAGACAAGUUAAACGAGACACUUGAAAUGCUUGAGAAAAAAGAGAAAGUACUACUAAAAAAGGCUGGUGCAGAAGUUGAAAGGGCUAAAGAAUUCACCAGAGCAAAGAACAAAAGAGCGGCCAUACAAUGUUUAAAAAGGAAGAGGCUCUAUGAACAGCAAAUAGAGCAACUUGGAAAUUUCCAGUUGCGUAUCCAUGAUCAGAUGAUAAUGUUAGAAGGUGCGAAAGCCACAACUGAAACAGUUGAUGCUUUGAGAACUGGUGCUGCUGCAAUGAAAGCAAUGCAGAAAGCAACGAACAUCGAUGAUGUCGACAAGACCAUGGAUGAGAUUAAUGAGCAGACUGAGAACAUGAAACAGAUCCAGGAUGCAUUGUCAGCUCCAUUUGGUGCAGCAGCUGAUUUCGAUGAGGAUGAACUGGAAGCUGAGCUUGAAGAGCUUGAAGGUGCUGAGUUGGAAGAGCAACUUCUCCAGCCUGCUACAACAGCUCCUGCUGCUCCAGUGCACGUCCCUGCUGGCCGGCAACCUGCUCGCCCUGUUCCUCAGAAACGCACUGCUGAAGAAGAUGAAUUGGCUGCCUUGCAGGCUGAAAUGGCUCUUUAAUCAGGUCAUUCAUCAGCUGUAUAUGAUUUCUCCAUUUUCUUAUCUACAUGUUUAGUGGGCUUUAUCUGCUUGGGAAACUACUUUCUUUGUCAAUUGAUUAUCAUCAUUAUAUUUCUUUUAAAUGAGAUUCAGAUCCUUGAAGGUUCAAAGUUUGUAUGUGACAACAUAACAUGAAUCUACAACGAAUUCCUCUUAUAUUUAGUUGACAUUAAUUUUUAGUGGCAAUAGUUUUUGAUCGUAGUUGGUUAGAGUGUUGCAGGUAUUGCUGGGCACAAUUGAAAAAAGGCUAUGUAAAGAAGUGGCCUGAUUGUAUAAGAUUUCUGCGCGUUUCAGGAAAACAUCUAGAUUUCCGUAUUGGGUCGGGGCUAUUGUUGAACAUAUUUUUACACUUAUUAGUUAUUAUAUAUAUAUAUGGAGAUUGUUUAGUUGUUUCUACAUACAUGGUUGACUUUAGCUAUGGACCAAGCCAAUCUGCCUUAUUUUGUGUUUCUGUCUCAUAUCUACCCCAUUUUUUUUCUUUUUCUUUUUCUUUGUCUUUUGGCCUGCGUUGUCAAUAUCAAUAAGAUAUAAAUUUUUCA